CCUCAGGCAGCUCCAGGAGGGGAAGACUCCGGAGGAAGCCGAAAAGUUGGCGCGCAACAGGGUGAGAGGAAACAAUGCCUCCCCUGUCUCGGAGAAGCGGAAGGGUGGCAAUACCGCGACGAGCAGUAAAAAGAGCAGCGGUAAUCGAAGCCAACGCCCGGUUAACGCAACUCAGGCCGCAAGGCGUGGUUGCGAAAGAGCAGCGCCUUCGACCACCCAAGCCGCAAAGCGGAAGAGUGGGCAAUUAACGCCACAGGAGCCGCCAAACACCAAGCGACAGAAAGGAAGCAACGCACAGGGGACCGGAGCGGGUGGAAACGCGGAGGACGGUGAAGAUGAGGAGCUCCACACGGAACCGAUCCUCUAAUGGGUCCACAUAUUGAAAUUGCCCAGGUGAACCUGCAUCACGCGGCGUCGGCCUCGGCCGUCAUCGCGAGCAGGUUCACAGCGGACGGUCUGGGCAUUCUACUGAUCCAGGAGCCAUUGAUCUACAAAGGAGAGGUCAGGGGCCUCAAAAUGGUGAAUAGCAAGGUAAUCUGGGAUCUCUCAAGCGAGAGACCCAGAACCUGUAUAGUAAUUAGGAACGAUAUUGAUUACUUCUGUAUUUCAGAGUUCCUAACACAAGACCUGGUCGCUGUGCAGGCAAAAGGUAACGAAGGAGCGGACUUCGUCCUGGCAGCGGCCUACUUUCCGGGAGACACGAUGACAGCACCCCCAGAGGCCGUCGGGAGCCUCGUGGAUUACUGCAGGAGGAACAACCUACCCCUUGUCAUGGGAUGUGAUGCCAACGCCCAUCACACCGAAUGGGGCAGCACGGACUGCAAUGCACGGGGUGAGUCUUUACUUGAAUUUAUAGUAAGUAGUAAUCUAACUGCCAUACUCUCCAAUCAAGAUGACGGUCACGUGUUCACCUAA